UUCCUUAUCCGUCCGUAAAGUCUGUCCGAACCACAUUUUUUUUUAAUACAAUACUUUUUGAUAUAUUAAUGUAUAAUAUAAUUUUGAGUAAUAUAUAGUAUAUAAUACAAGAAAUAGCAGAAAAUUAUGUCAGUUGAUAUAUCACUUCCACGACAACGUGCCACAUUAGCCGCGUAUGUUUCAUCAGAGGAUCGACACUUUGUUGUUCCUGGAGAGGUUAUUACGGAUGACGCCGGAUUUAUGAAAGGACAUGGCACAUAUGCUGAUAAUGCUAAUAGAUUGGCUGCGUCGGUUGUUGGAGUCGUGGAAAGAGUUAACAAGUUAAUAUCAGUAAAACCGUUUAAAACACGCUAUAAUGGAGAGGUUGGUGAUGUAAUUGUUGGUAGAAUUACUGAGGUUAAUCAAAAGCGAUGGCGUGUUGAUACAAACGCCCGAUUAAAUUCAGUACUUUUACUUUCUGCUGUCAACUUACCUGGCGGGGAGUUACGUAGACGCUCUACUAAAGAUGAACUACUAAUGCGUGAAUAUUUGAUUGAAGGAGAUUUAGUAGUCGCCGAAGUGCAGUCGAUAUUUGCUGACGGAUCAUUAUCGCUCCACACUAGAAAUCUCAAAUAUGGGAAGCUUCCCCAAGGAACAAUUCUUAAAGUUUCGCCUUCUUUAGUUAAAAGAUGUAAAACUCAUAUGCAUAGCCUUCCCUGUGGUGCCACUCUUAUACUCGGUAAUAAUGGAUAUAUAUGGAUAGGACCUUUAAUGUCUGCAGAAAGUGAUUUAUCUUCUCGAUCAGCUCAGCGUAUAACAAUACAGCGAUCCGAUCGUGAAGUUAUUGCACGUCUUAGAAAUUGUAUAACUAUUUUAGCAAGUUAUGGGGUCCAGUUAUAUGACACCAGUGUUAAUUAUAUUUACGAAGAAUCAUUUAAAUACAGCGUUAAAGAACUUUUACAGCUUGAGAAUCAAGAAGAUAUUGUUGAUGCUGCUAGAAGAAAACUUGCGCAGCAUUUAUGAGACUUUUAAAGGCCAUUAGAUUGAUUUUUAAUUGAUUAUAUAUGCGCGUAUUUU